AUGCUGCUGCAGCCUGAGUCCCCAGCCCCUCCCCCACCUCCUUGGGGACAGUUCUGUCGGGAGGGGCUGGCCAAGGUUGUCCUGCCAGGUGAUGUCACUGCUGCAAGCCUCCAGGGACCCUAUCCUUCCGUGCUCCCCCCUGCGGGAUCCCCUAGAGUCAGACCUGCCUUCCAGAGGCUUCCACAUCUGUGGGGGCUCCUGGCACGCAGCUCGCCCCCUAUUCUGCCCUCUCCCUUCCCAGAGGGCACCCCUUCCACAGUCACCACCCCAGCUCCUGGCCCGCCUUCUCCCCCCACCAGCCCAUUCCUGGCACGCGCAGCCUCCCUGUCGCCGCCCUCCAGAUCCAACCGAGGCACAUGGCCCGCGCACCUCAUCCCCCUGCCCUCGGCAGACGGAGCCCUUUCUGCCUCUCCAUUUGGCCUUGAUGUCGCCCCUGCUGCUGGCAACUUCAGAGACUUCAUUCAGGCGCCCGGAGCCCUGAGAGCCGCCAGCCCUGUCCAGCCGCGGUCCCGGGCGCGCCGGGCCGGGAGAGGAGCGGCCCUGGGUGCGGAGGAGGAGCCCUUCGGGAGGGCCGCGCCGGCAGGCAGGCGGUCUAGGAGCCCCCUCGUGGAAGCACCUCUCCACGGGAAAAGCACAGACUUAGCGGUGCGACUUCACCACACGCUUCUCUGGGCCUCAGUUUCCUCAUCUGUAACCUGGGAGUCACAACAGGUCCCUCCCCAAGACGCUUUAGUGAGCUGCGAGUAAGUCCGCGGGUCUGGGCUUCUCGGAUUCCCAAGAGCCCGGGGACAGCCGCGGGGAAGCGGAAGGAGCGCGGGCCACAGCCCCGGGUCCGAGAGCGAGCGCGGACAGGGACACCUGCGCUGGCCGGCAGCCCGCGCGCCACCUGGCGGCCGCAGCUGAGACUGUCCCGAGGGAUCAGCUGCUGCUGAGCACCGGAUUUGGGGUCCUCUCCCGGGUGGGCAUAUGGUUCCGGAUGGUGGAUCUGCAGGGUAGCAGAGGCUGGGGCUCUGCGUGGUUCUGCUGCGGGCCCAGGCAGGUUCUCUGGGACUCUGUUUCCUCUCCACAUCCUUAGAGCCUGGGCGUAUUGGGAGAAGCCGGCGGCAGUGUCAGGGACACGGGCGCGCGGGGGGAGGGAGGGGCACUUCGGAGAUCGCCCUCGGGGACCCUGGAGACCCUUGCAGCAGGGCCCUGAUUCUGCCUCAGGGUCCUGUAUCCCCUCCUCAGCGCCUUACAGCUUAUUGUUUGUCCCCGUGCCCCCCAGAACCCCAGGAUGCCCCUCAGCCCUGACCUCGCCAGACCCCUCCGGCCUUCACCGCCAGCCACUCCCCGUUCUGCCCCCCAUGCCGUGGGGCUUCCCAGACCUUGCUCCCUAGCUUCCCUCCUGCCUUCCUGGUGAUCACUCUCACCAAACGUUGGGGUGUCCCCUGCAGAGCACAUCCAAGCCCCAAGCCCGGGCCACCUGGCUCUCAUAAGCUCUCCACCGGUGGCUCUUAACCCUGGCUUUGUUUCCUCUGAAGACAGAGAUACUUCAGGGUUGUUCGUUUGGUGGGUUUUGCUUUUCUGAGACAGGGUCUCAUAACUGAGCCCAGGCUGGCCUAGAACUCACGAUGAUCCUCCUGCCUCAGCCUCCAGAGCGCUGGACUGCAACUCCUACCACCCUGCAAUGCAACAAGACAUACACAGACAAUGGGGACCUGGGUACAGCUCAGUGACAAGGGCCUGCCUGGCAAGGGCACAAAGUCCUGCGUUUGAUUCCCGGUACCAAAAACAAAAGGUAAUCAGCCUCACUGGGAGCCGUGGCCCACACCUGUAACCCCAGCUAUUCAGGAGGCUAAGCCAGGACGGCAAGUUCAAGGCCAACCUGGGCAACUUACUUAAAUCCUGGUUCAAAAAUAAGAUAAGGGGCUGGGAAUAUAGCUCAGUGGCACAAGCACCUGACUGGCAAGGCCAGUCCCCCCGCCAAAGAAAUAAAAUAAAAAACUAAAACCUAAGAGGGCUGCAGAUAUAGCUCAAGGGUGGGGCACUUGCCCAGUAUGUGCAAGACGCUGGUUCAGUCCCUCAUACUGCAAAGGAAAGAAAAUGGUCACAAUGACAAGCUGAGGUUUGGGGGGGUCACAGCAGGCCAGCGGCACUGGAUGUGGGUGCUAGUGCAGAUCCCAAGUUCUCCACUUUCCGGCAGUGUGGCCUUGGGUGAAUCACUGAACCUCUCUGGGCUUUCAACCUCAAGUAAAAAGAGGGACAACAGCACCGCUUUCCCUGUGACACUCUUCUGAGAGUUAAACGAGCUAAUUAUUCACAAAGCAUUUGGAACGGGCUCUGGAACUUUUUGUUGUCACUACUGUUUUCAGUUUUUUUCUUCUUCGUCAUCUUCUUCUUCUUCAUCUUCCUCUUCCUCUGGCACAUGUUAGAAAUCAAAUGAGUGUUGAUUAAUAAACAAGAGCCAGGCAUGAUGGUGCACAGGAGGCUGAGUUCCAGGCCAGCCUGCCCCACAUAAUGAGACCCUGUCUAAAAAAAAUUAAAAAUAAAUGAAGAGCAAUUUAA